AUGACAUCAAAAAUACUUGAUUAUGACCAAGGACAAGUUCAUAACAUAAACCUCAGUGAUUUUAAAGCCAAUGAUAUUAAAAGCAGCCAGCAUCCAUCCACUGCAGUUCAUCUAUAUGCAAAAAACUUGGUGACACUACCGUAUGCCUUUCUUCAUAUGAGACACAACUUGAAAUAUUUUGAUAAAAUGAGAUGCUUGCGGAAACGAUCAGCAGUGUCAUUCUUAGGCGUCCUUGUCAUUUGCUUGCUGUUCAUGAACUUGUACAUUGAAGAUGGUUAUGUUUUGGAAGGGGACAAGCAAUUAAUCAGAGAAACAGCCACGCAUCAGCUCAACCCAGAGCGCUAUGCUCACACGUACAAAGAUUUGUCUAAUUUCUCAGGAUCUAUAAACAUUUCCUAUCGCUACCUAGCUGGCACGCCUUUGCCAAGGAGAAGGUAUCUUACAAUUGGGCUAUCUUCUGUGAAACGGAAAAAAGGAAACUACUUGCUUGAGACCAUCAAGUCCAUAUUUGAACAGUCAAGUUAUGAGGAACUUAAAGAAAUCACAGUGGUAGUACAGCUGGCAGAUUUUGAUUCAACCUGGUGUGAAGGGAUGGUCCAGGAUAUUUCACAGAAAUUUGCACAUCACAUAAUUGCAGGCAGACUAAUAGUUAUUCACGUCCCUGAGGAGUAUUAUCCAGCACUAGAUGGUCUCAAGAGAAAUUACAAUGACCCAGAAGACCGUGUGAAGUUUCGAUCCAAACAAAAUGUUGAUUAUGCUUUCCUGCUUAACUUCUGUGCUAAUCUUUCUGACUAUUAUGUGAUGCUAGAAGAUGACGUUCGUUGUUCAAAGAACUUUUUGACCACUGUUAAGAAAGUAAUUACCUCAAGAGAAGGAUCCUACUGGGUAACUUUGGAAUUCUCCAAACUGGGGUAUAUUGGAAAGCUUUACCAUUCCCAUGACCUCCCACGCCUGGCCCAUUUUUUGUUGAUGUUUUACCAAGAAAUGCCUUGCGAUUGGUUGUUGAUCCACUUUCGUGGGCUGUUAGCUCAAAAGGAAGUGAUACGUUUUAAGCCAUCACUGUUCCAGCACAUGGGAUAUUAUUCAUCUUACAAAGGAGCUGAAAACAAACUAAAGGAUGAUGAUUUUGAAGAGGAAUCAUUUGAUAUCCCUGACAACCCACCUGCAAACUUGCACACCAACAUGAAUGUAUUUGAAAACUACGAAGCAAGCAAGGCUUACAGCAGCAUUGAUGAGUACUUCUGGGGCAAGCCUCCUUCUACGGGGGACUUUUAUGGGAUUGUAUUUGAAAAGCCUAUUAAAAUCAGUAAGAUUAAAGUUAUAACUGGAACUGAAGACCGGCAAAAUGACAUUUUGCAUCAUGGGGCCUUGGAAGUAGGAGAGAAGAUUGUAGGGAGUAAAAUAGGGAGAAAAUGUACUACGUACUUGAGACUAGGGGAAUUCAAAAAUGGGAAUUUUGAAAUGACAGAUGUAGAGCACAAAGUUCUGUUUGAUAUUAGCUGCAUGAGAAUUCUUGUUACCAAAAGUCAAAAAGAGUGGCUAAUCAUUAGGAGCAUUAGCAUCUGGACUUCUCAAACAUCAAGUCAAUAAAACGAAGCUA